AUGCAGUUGGACUGCAAGUUUCCUGACGUAUUAGCUCUGGCAGAGACAUGCAUCAUCUGCCUCUGCGGCCAAUUGCGCUUCAUCCAGGGGACGUCUGCAUCUGCGCCAGUCCUUGCGUCCAUGGCCACUUUGAUCAACAACGAGAGGCUAUCGGCGGGAGAAAGGCCCGUGGGGUUUCUCAAACCGGCAAUAUAUGCGCGUCCUGAGGCAUUUAACGAUGUUGCGAAUGGGGACAAUGAAGGAUACCGUGCCGGCCCGGCGUACCGAGCGAUCAAGGGAUGGAACCUGGUCGUUGAGCUGGGCAGUCCGGGUUUUUAG